AUGGAAUACAGGGGAUGUGCAUGGUAUAAAGACCUCAUCUUAGCACUUGUCUCGAUCACAACAAUGUUCAUCCCCCUUUCAUCUACCACCCCCGAAGGUCUUCCCGCCAAUCACCUUUCCUUAUCAUCGCCAAGCUCACUGAACACCAUCACAAUUUCGUUACCUUCAUCGUAUCGAACAGCUCGACAGAAUGGGCGUCAUAUUCUCUAUGCUCGACUGCCUGGUCCCUACCAAGCGCACACGUGCAUCUGCUCAAGCCAGCACGCCUCCUACCUCGUCCCCGCAAGUCUCGGAGCUCCUUACCAUACUGCUCACCACUCCGACCGUCCCCGAGAUACAGAAAUCCACCAGCGAGCUCAUCCACCCAACUGGCUGGACCGAUUACCUCGCCCGCGGCCUCCUCUCGGGCCUCGUCAACGCGAUCGAGCAACACGCCUCAAUGGCCCAAGCAGCCACCGAGGCUCUGCGACGCGCCUCCGAGGAAGCCUUCGAGUUCGCACAAGAACACCCCGUGUACACUACCAUCCUGGCUCUGGGAGUGUUGGUGGCCCUCAUGCCGUGGGUGCUAGAGGUGCUCGGGUUCGCCGAGUUGGGCCCGGUGGAAGGGUCAUUUGCGGCGUGGUGGCAAAGUCGGUAUGCGGGAUAUGUGCCGAAAGGGUCUCUUUUUGGUUUCUUUCAGAGACUGGGGAUGGUCUGGCAUUGAUAUCUGAAGCUAGAAAUCUGUGAAUGAGUGGCGAGGGAGCGAUUUAGGACGUUGAGAGUGAUUGAUCGAUGAUGGUUGUAUGCUGGGUUCCCAUAAUCCAAGAAGACAAUGUUCAUACCGGCUGUGCUUCGCACGGAGAAUAGUACACCGGUCGGCUCUUGCGGGUAGUGCCUGCGGUGGUCUGAGAAUAGGCUGCAUGAAUCUGCAAGAGGAACAGGUACUAUUUACACUAGAUCA